GGCAUGAGCAGCAAAAAAAAUAGUGAAGAUCACCGUGACCAUUGGAGCAAUGGCAAGGAGAACUCUGUAGAGAUCAACUCAUAGCUAGAAUAAUAAAUAUCAUGACUGGGUGGUAUCUGUCGUGGUUCUUCUGGCUUCUUUCGUCCCGAUUGGAAGUCGAACGAAAAAUACUGGACGACAUCCGGUCGGUUCGGGCGCGAAAUCGAAGCUCCGUCGGCGGCGGUGGCGAGACCUCCUUCGAUUUCGAGGAGCUGAGGGAGAUGCACUACCUCCACGCGGCGAUAACGGAGGCAAUGCGGCUGUACCCACCGGUGCCGAUGAACUCGACAGAGUGCCAAGAGGAUGACGUACUGCCGGAUGGGACGGCGGUGAAGAAAGGGUGGUUCAUGUCGUACAAUUCGUACGCGAUGGGGCGGAUGGAAGCGAUCUGGGGGAAGGACUGCUUGGAGUACAGGCCGGAGAGGUGGCUGGAGGAGGGGUUGUUCCGCCCGGUCGCCGUCAAGUUCGCGGCCUUCCACGCGGGGCCGAGGAUGUGUCUGGGGAAGGAGAUGGCCUACAUACAGAUGAAGUCGAUCGCGGCGUGCGUGCUGGAGAGAUUCGUGAUCGAGGUGGUGGAUAAGGACACGUGUCCGGAGAAGAUGAUGUCGCUCACGCUGAGGAUGAGGGUAGGGCUGCCGGUGUGCGUGAUGCAGAGGCCGGCGGCUACGAUUGACUGA